UUAGUUUGUUGAUUCCAUUACUGACGUCACCGUUUGUGUUUAAUAUGACGUCAAUUCGUUUGUUGAUUCCAUUACUGGCGUCACCGUUUGUGUUUUGCAGAUUUUCAUUUCAGUGAUACUUAUGUGGGCGGUAUGUGGGAUCCUGACCUUGACAGAUGUGCUACCUGAUGACCCCAGUGACCCCGCCUAUCGUGCCCGGACAGACACGCGCGGAGAUCUGAUAUCCUUGUCACCAUGGCUCUUCGUCCCGUAUCCAGGUCAGUUUGGUCCUAUACGUUUCAACACAGCGGUAUUCAUAGGAUUUAUAAGUUCAUACCUAGCCUCAAGCAUAGAGUCCAUCGGGGAUUACAUCAUCGUCUCCCGGGCCACCGGGACCUUCCCCCCACCCCGUCACGCUGUCAACCGUGGGAUACUGACGGAGGGCAUCAUGGGGGUGGUGGCGGGAGCCCUAGGGGCCGGGCACGCUACUACGUCAUAUACUGAUAACGUCGUUAUCAUCAAACUCACACAGGUAGCUAGUCGAAGUGUGAUGAUUUUAGCAGGAAUCAUUUGCAUGGUCUUCGGAGUUAUCGGUAAAUUUGGCGCUGUGAUGGCGUCACUUCCGGAACCGGUUAUGGGUGGUGUGACCGUAAUCACCUUCGGCUUAGUGGUAUCCAUAGGAUUAUCUUCGCUACAGAGGGUUAACCUUUCAUCCACUCGGAACCUCGCAGUACUGGGCAUAUCGUUAUAUGUUGGCUUACUCACUUCCGAAUGGUUGAAACUCAAUGGUGAUACCAUCAAUACGGGUAACGCCUCUCUGGACCAGGUACUCAGACUCAUCCUCGGGACACAGAUGUUUGUGGCGGGACUUACCUCCAUCAUUCUAGACAACACUGUUAAAGGAACAAGGACGGAGAGAGGUAUGGAUGAUAUGACGUCUUUCAAUCCCGGAAGCGGAAGUCAGAUAGAUAAACACAAAUUAGUGUACGAUGUACCAUUGGUAUCAAAAUUACAACAGAAAAUCCGGAUUUUUCGCCACAUUCCGUUUCUUCAACCCUACAGUCCUCAACGGCAGACAUGUGAUAACCCAACGUGAAACGAUUAAUUAACCAUGGAUGUGAAUGUAUUAAACGCCGUAUUGUAUAAUGAGUAUUCUCUUUGUGAACUAUACGCGAUAGGUCUAUAUACAUAUGUGUGUAAUUUAUUGUAGAUUAUCCUCCCAAAGAUAUAUAUGCUUACAUGUUUAACCCUUGACAGUUUUCAGACUAGAUAUAUACCAACCAACCUAUCGUGAAUAUAAAAUUGGAGAAAAAUAAAGUAUACGAGAAAUUCCCCAAAAUAGUAACUGGGUCCGAAAGAACAAGUUUCUAUGCAAAUAAGUCUCACAAUGCAACGGGCGGGUUAAUUAACAGUCAACAC